AAACUAAAAUUAAAUGCUGCCAACUUUUACCCACCAAGAUGGACAAGACCAACAUGUCUAACGAGCUGACACAGGAGUCAUCCAAACUAAUAGAACCAGAAAUUAGCUCUGCUUCUCCAGAAGAACCAUUAGCCAAACGUAUUAAAGCAAAGGAUGAUUUACCUUCUGAAUUUUCUAUUAGAAGAAGAAAUUCGGCAGAUACUAGACAAACUACUAUAGCUUCUGCAUAUCAAUAUGAAAGCGAAGUACCAGCUUGGCGAAAGUCAGAUAGAGGAGUUGAUCAUAAAUACGAUAAAUACGGUUCUAGACAAGUGAAAGCUGCUGCUGCACCCUCUACACCAAGUACUGGUGCCACGUCAGACCCAAGAUUACAACGUAUAAAGCGUUCUCGUGACGAAUUAGAGAGAAGCAUUGAUAAGAUACAUCAAAGAAACAAUCGUCACCAAGAAGAACCCGAAGAAGAGGAAGAAGUUAAUCCUUAUUCCAAUUUAGAUGUUGCUAAUCCUUCCGUAAACCACCAAAUCUCAAACUAUCAUACAUUCCAAAGUAGAAUUACAAAUAGAGAAAACAAGGAUAUCAAUUCAAUUGUUAGAGCUCAUUAUAAUCAAAGAACACAGCAAUCCAAAUUCCAAGGUUCUAGAGUCAAUUCUCCAAUUUACAAAUUAAGAAAUUUUAAUAAUGCUAUUAAAUACAUGUUGUUAGGAAAUUUCGUUAAACAUAACCGUGAAGAAUCAGAAAUAUUUUCCUUUUUGGAUUUAUGUUGUGGUAAAGGUGGUGAUUUGAACAAAUGUGAAUUUGUAGGCAUUGAACAAUAUAUUGGUGUCGAUAUUUCCGAUUUAUCAGUUAGGGAAGCAUACGAACGAUAUUCAAAACAAAAAGCAAGAUUGAGAAACACAAGGGAUGGAAGACAUGGAUCUAGUAGAUAUAACUUUGAAGCAUGUUUUGCUACUGGUGAUUGUUUCACUGAAUUUGUUCCCAAUAUCUUGGAACCAAACUUUCCAGGGAUUAUAAAUCGUGCUUUCCCAGUUGAUGCUGUUUCCAUUCAAUUUGCCUUACAUUAUGCAUUUGAAUCUGAAGAAAAAGUACGAACUUUAUUGACAAAUGUGACAAGAUCUUUAAGAUCAGGGGGAGCUUUUAUUGGAACUAUCCCAUCGUCAGAUGUUAUCAAGUCAAAGAUUGUUCAAAAACAAUAUUAUAAAACUGAAGCUGGGAAAUGUAAAUUUGGGAAUGAAUUAUAUUCAGUUACGUUUGAUAAAGAGCCUCCAGCAGAUGGUGUAUUCCGUCCUCCAUUUGGUAAUAAAUAUAGAUAUUGGUUGAAGGAUGCUGUUGACGAUGUACCUGAAUAUGUUGUCCCUUUUGAAACUUUAAGAACGUUAUGUGAAGAAUAUGGGCUUACCCUUAAAUAUAAGAAAAAUUUCAUUGACAUUUUCAAUCAAGAAAUACCUCGCUAUUUCCUGAAAUUGAAUAAACAUCUAAUUGAAGGUAUCAAAAGAAGUGACGGGAAGUAUGGUGCUGAAGGUGACGAGAAAGAAGCUGUUGGAUUCUAUAUUGGGUUUGUAUUUGAAAAAUUACAAACAAUGUAAUAGAAAGUCGAGUUUUUUGGACUAAGUGCUAUGAAAUAGACAAGCAUAGAUCCAUUUUUUAGAGCAAAUUGGAGUAGUUCUCAGUCAACAUAAGUGUCUAAUUAGAGAUAGACCAUCUGUUUCACCAAUAGUUCAAUCUAGCUAGCUAGUGCUCGCUAAAGAACUAAAUUGCACCAAAUGAAUACACUGGCAACGCUUAAAACUCUCAACUAGUUACAAAUAAUAAAAGACGUUUAAAGAUUACCAAACUACAAAAAUGUAUCAAGGUGGAUUACCGGGCGAGGCGGUAAAGCAAAGUUCGGAAGUUAGCAAACAAAUAAAUCAUAAUUUUAGGUUCCAUUUCCUCGUUUGGAAAUUGAGAGAAAUGUGUCCGUCAUUCCAUUUUCGGAUCCCUGGUCUAGAAAAAUAUAGUUGCUGCGACUAAAUUUAAGAUUUGUAUUCCCAAUCUUAACGUAUGAUUCACCUGCAAGUGACAAUCGAUAUUGUUGUGUUUCUCCACGCAAGCUACUGCGGGAGGAGACUUGGAACUUCACAAAGAGGUAAAAUCGAACCAUUCUCCAGGGAAAUGAAAUCUACCAUGCAGCUUAGGUAGAUCAACUAGCUCGUAUUCCAUCCAACGGGGUGGUCAAAAACUAACAUGAGAAAUAAGACAAAUUCAUGUUAAUAGCUUUGCGUGCAUCUCCUAAUUACACAGAAAGUAAUAUUGCGUAAUCACUAUUCUAAACAUUGUGAAUUUAGAUAUCUAAAUGUUUGCACUGCCCCGUUAUUGCCCCGUUAUUGCCGUGUUUGCUUCCUCUCAUGCACUUUAAGCUAAAGAAAAUAGUCAAACUAAUUCCUCCACUGAUAAGUGAAUGUAAUGUAUUCGAGAAAUUACAAACAAUGCAAGUUUCUUUUUUAGUCUUAAUGCCGAAACGAAACAAAGGGUUAUUUCAUAUGUUGAUUAUCUUAAACGAAACGUAGAAAACAAUAGUUAGCAAGCAAUUAGACGCCACAUGACCAUUGG